AUGAAACAGGAUCUUUUUGCUGUUCUUAUACUGGUUUACCUGGAGCUUUCCAUGAGGGCUGGGACUUCCCCAGUCUGUCCCUCUGGACAGGCUGGAUGCCAUGUUCCUUCUUUGGCGGAUCUCUUUAACAGGGUCAUACAACAGUCUUCAAGAGUGCACGCCAUCUCCAGUGAUCUGCACUCUGAGUUCGAGCAAUAUUUCUUUCCAAGCAAGAAUUUCUUAGGAAAAGGAAAGUGCCACACAUAUGGCAUAAUGACUCCAGCAGAUAAAGAAAAUGCACAAAGGCUGGGGAGGGACCAGCUGACAGAGGUGAUUCUGAGGCUACUGGGGGCCUGGGAAGACCCCCUCUCACAACUCUACCACAGCAUGUCUCAGGAUCAGAAUCAAGACUUCAACCACUACAGCUCCAAUAAGGCACUGGAGAUAAGUGAUAUGGUGCAUGAGCUGAGGGAUGGAGUGACCAAAGUGGCGGAGAAAAUGAAGUUAUUGGGAGUACUUGGUAACUAUGUAGGUUACACCAUUCCUGAGACUCUGCCCCCCUCUUCUGCCUUUUACUUCAACAAAAAAGGAGAAGUCACCUCGAUGGACCAUCUUGUCCUCCUCUAUUGCUUUCGCAGAGACUCCAACAAAGUCAAAAAUUAUCUCAGAAUACUGAAGUGCACUACCCUCCCUGUACUGGACUGUUAA